CCACUUACAUUGUGGCUCUUUCAAAGGCAUUUUUCAACAGUUUGGCUCUUCGGUUGAGCAGGGUUGGGUAACGCUGCCCCAGAUAGUUGUGGUCAGCCAUAGACUGGGUUUUAACCUAGUUUUGUUCCUUUCAGAAUAAGAUAUUCCCCUCAGCAUUCUUUUUGAAAAUAUCACACAGAGUGUGACUGAUUUACUUUCUUUUUCCUCUAAUAUAAUGUUGAUAAAGAUGACGAGGACUGGCGAGGAGGUUGGCGGGGAGAAUCAGCAUUUGCUCCCACACCUGACCUGAAGAACAGCACUGAAAGCUUUUCAUGAAGAAGAAGAUGUGUUGGCCCUUCUUAUGACCGGCUUCAGCAUUAGUUUGUAAAAGCUAUAGGCAGGGUUUGACUGUAAAGGCGUUUGCACACUAAGCCUGUUUUUUUUUUUUUCAACUAAAUUUUUGCACGUCAAAAAAGAACAAUGAUUUCAUAUUUUAUUCUCUCUCUCUAACUCUAAGAAUCAGUGAUCCUUUAGGUGUUUUUUAGAGAAGUCGGAAGAAAAAAGUGAAAGAAAAACAACAUUAAUGCAGCUUAAAUGACUAUAAGGCAAAGUUUUACAGCAUCAUAGUUGCAGGUUUUUGUCUCUGCCUUUGGCUGAUGCUGAGGGGAGGAGUGUGUUUACAGUUUAGUGAAGGAGUCCAUCAUUUAGAGUAGUGGCUUCUAUUUCUAAUACGGAAGAAGAACACCAGAAACCAAAAGACUGUCAACCAUGAAAGUCCAUCAAUCUCUGAUCUGCUUCUUCUUCCUCACUCUGAGGGAUGGAGGGACUGCUUUAUGGAAUACAGAUAUCGGUGUCCGCACAGAAACUGAAGGGAAAAAAAUCACAGUAAUGUGCACCUUCAAAUUACGUGGAUGGAGGAGGAUGUUUUGUAGGAAUGACUGUGAUGAAGAGAUUCUUGUUCAAACAGAUGGUGUCAGAGCUUCAAGUGGCAGAUACAGCAUUGGAUAUAAAGAAUCUGUUACAACUAUCUAUGUGAGCAUCACAAAUCUGACAAAGUCUGACUCUGGAAAGUACAAAUGUUAUUUGGAGAGAGAGUUGUUUCCAGAUUCUAGUGAGACGUUUGAGCUCAGAGUCAGUGACGCAACAGCCACCUCAAAACCAACAGUGACUCUCCAACCUUCUUCAGCAUCGACCACAACAACCUCCACACAGAGAUCCAGCUCCACUUCAGGAAGUACCAAAACUCCAUCACUCUCCUCUGAGACCACAAAGAAGUCUCUGCAGCAGACAUCAGGUUCAGGUCAUCUGCUGUAUUUGGGUCUAGUUCUUCUCAUCCUGGUCAUCAUAUUAUCAGUGGUUCUACUGAUACUCUACAGGAAAAGGACCAGAAAACCCAAAGGACCACCUGUUCACACUGAGUGUGCCGAGAUCCAGGAGGUGAACCAGGUGUAUGAGGAGAUCAGAGAGGACAGACAGAACAGAUCUCCUGUGGGCGUUUCUACAGUUUACACGAGUGCCACGUUUGCAAAACCAAACAAUGGACCCACAGACGACUACAGCCUCAUCGACCUACCAAGUUCCCAUGACAAAACUGAAGAUGACUCGAGGAACCUCACCUACUCUGAAGUCAAUUUCUCCCACAAUCAAGCCGCCUCACUCAACAGCGCCCCCUCUGGUGGAGUAAAUAAUGUCAUUUACUCUGAGCCUCGGGUCGAAGCUCCUCUGUACUCUACUGUCACUUCACAUUAGCUUUAGCUUUAAUGCUAUUCAGCAGGUUUACUCUGUGACUGACAGGUGAACACACAGGUUUGAAAGGUUACAGUUCAAUAUACAGCAUAAACAUUUGUAGCCUCAUGAGACUUUUUUCUACUCUGUUAAGUUAAGCUUCUAAGUAUUUUUAAAGUAUUUUUGUUAAAGUUUUAUAGGACCCUGGCAAAAGAUCAGACAGAUCUGUGUAUUUCUUGUAAAUAAAGGUUACAUUUCCUAUUUAAAGACUGUUUGAAACAGGGAUAUUCCCGUAGUUUUGAAGUUGGCUAUUAAAAGGUACUUUGAAAUAAUGAUGGCAUUAGUCCCCCUAAGACACCGAUCAUCAACUGGAGGCCCGGGGGCCACAACAGGCCCCCCACAGCUUCCCAUCCAGCCCCCAGUAGCUUGAUUAAAUCCAGAAGAAAUAUUGCUGUAUUUAGAGUAUCUUUUUUUUCUUUACUUCUAUGAUACCUACAGAUAUUUAGGAAACUCCAAAAAUAAGACUGAAACUUUUUUAAAGAUUGGCUUAAUGUUUGAUCCAAUUACAAAAAUCCAACUAUUAUUAACCAUUUUUAGCAAAUAAGAUUCAUGACAAACUGGUCAUAAGUCCAUUCUUGAUUAAAGCAGCAGAUUUUUGCGUAAAUCUUAAAAAUCAGGGGUGUUGAAAGUUUUUUUCACUGCCUGAGAAUUAAAACAAAAUGUCAUUUUCCUUCAUGUGUUUUUCACCAAUGAGGAAGCAGCAAAUUCACAUCAAACUAGAUGGCAGCCCCAGAAAAGUGUGGCUUAAAUAUCUCAAACGCCCCCUUGUGGCUUGCUGCAGUAUAAGGAUUGAACUGUGUGAAUAGGGACUGAGUUCACUGCUAAAGGCUAAAAAUAAGCUACAUUUCAAAGAAAAAAACAAUUAUUUAGACCGAAAUGUUUCUUUUAUUUAGUUUAUUUGGCACACAGGCCCUCAGUGUCUGCAUAAACAUAAGCUGGCCCUUGUAGAAAUGCAGUUGAUGACCCCUGCCCUAAGAUUUCAGUGUGCUCUGUCUCUUUAAGGAGAAAGCACUGAAGGCACUAGCAAGGAUGCUAGGUUAUACAACACCGAACACACUCACUGACAGGACCGGCCCAAGCUUACUUGGGGCCCUAAGUAACAGAACUUGAGAUUUUGUUCAUUUUAUUUCAAACCACAUCAUAGAUAUUGAGAGAAAUUCAACAUAUAACGUCACGUACAUUACUUUAGUUAAAGCUGAAGUGAUUUGUUUCAGUUGAUUCUUUAAAUGAGUUAAACUAGACUCAUGUAUUUGACCAGUGUGUAUGAACUGUCUAUCUAGUCCACUGAUGAUCAUCCCUGUACAUAAUGGUAGUGACUAUUAGAUCCAGACUCUGGGCCCACUGGCAUGCAGUAAACUGAGCUGUGAGCGGGACUGUUGUGGAUCUGGAGAGGACUGUGACUGUCUCUGGAAGUUCAGGAAGUCCUCCACUCCUCUGACUCUGCUGGGAUGUCAUGGGUUUUACCGUUCUGCACACAGAUGAAGAAGAUGUUAUAUUAUCUCGUGUUAUUAGCGAUUUCACCACUCGAUGUCAGUGUUGAUAUUUUAUGCUGCCUCUAGGUUUAGGCUGUAGGCUUCACAGUACUCACAUAGGCAAAAUGCCUUGUCAUAUUUUUCAUCCACGCUGGAUGAUGUUUGAUGAUUAACGGCAGUUAGCAAACGUUAUUUUUAGCCGUUAGCACCUGUAGCAAACAUGGGGUCAAAAAAUGCUUUUCAGUGAUUGGUUAAAGUAAAAGAAUACGUCAUACACUAUGUUGCCAAAAGUAUUCACUCACCCAUCAAAUAAUUGAAACCAGGUGUUCCAGUCACUUCCAUGGCCACAGGUGUAUAAA